ACUGCAGCAUGGAGCAAACGGGAGACACUGGAUCUGAUUGCUGUAUGGGGAGAAGAAUCUGUGCAGGCAGAACUCCGAUCCAGCAGAAGAAAUGCUGAUAUAUAUGCCAAAAUCGCACCAGGCAUGGUGGAGAGAUGCUACACCAGGGAAACACAGCAGUGCCGCGUGAAACUUAAGGAGCUCAGGCAAGCCUACCAAAAGACAAAGGAGGCAAACGGUCACUCCGGAUCAGAGUCCCAGACAUGCCGCUUCUCUGAUCAGCUGUAUGCCAUUCUAGGUGCGGGGGGACCCUACCAGUAUCCCAAAACUCUCUGUGGACACCUGCAAGGUGGCAGCCUCACGCAACACAGAUGAGGAUUUGGAGGAGGAGGAAAAUGCGCGGCAGGAAAGUGGAGAAUCCAUUGUCCCCGGCAGCCAGGACCUUUUCCUCACCCUGGAGCCAGUACCCUCCCAGGGCCUAUUGUUCCCGGACUCUGAAGGUGGAGAAGGCACCUCUGACCUCUUCCUUUUCCUCCUCCACCCCCAUCCCCAAUGGAAAAAGUGUUGACAGCUCUGUCUCCAGCACUGUAAAAGAAUGGAGAGAAAGUACCCACCUAGAGAGAGCCCCAGAAGGCUAUUAACCAAACUGGGCAAUGUGAUGGACAUGAAGAGAUUGACGCAUCAGUUCAGCAUAGCAGCAGCUGAAUCUGACAAAGAAUCUGGAUUCUCAGACGGAAGUUCAGGGUGUCUGAGUUCUGUGGAGCUGACCAACUCAGAGAAUAUGCUGAAUGCAUUGUGUUGGAACACAGAGGAUGGGCCCUGGCUCUACUCACUGGCCACAAGCAAUUCCUUCCCAGCACUUUCUCCUGUGGUUGUAAGGAAAAAUGUACUGGUCAAACAGGGAAGCAGUUCAUCGCAGCUUCAGUCUUGGACUGUUCAGCCAUCUUUUGAAGUGAUUCCAGCUCAGCCACAGCUAGUGUUUCUUCAUCCAGCCAUCUCCCCUCCCAUUAACCCUCAUCUUGUUGGUGAAAAGAGAAUUGUCUACCUGCCCAUCCUGAACUCCUAUGCAAAGACAGCACCACAUCCCUGCAAAAGAGAUCGUUUCUGGGAUCUGGAGGAAAGAGGGAGAACCAGUGGACAGAAAUGGCUUUGCACAGAUACUAACUACUAUGCCAAUAAGACUAGUUUAUUGUCCCCUAGUGCUUGCCCCCAAGUAUCCCCAGACUUUAAGCCUGCUCAGGACUCUACUCAGCAGAGUUCUCCAGCUGUGAUGGCAAGUGGAAAAAUGUCAACUAUUGAUGGCUUUCAGUAUAUUUCUACUGACAAACAAAAGGCCCCAGGUUUGAUUCCCUUUUCCCCUACUGGACUCCUCCAGAUAUCAGACUGCAAAUCUCCUGAGAUGGAGAAUCCAGUACAUCAUAUGGUGCAAUUAGCAACCUGCAGCCCACCUUUGGCAGCAGAAGAACUUUAUACUACUCCUGAGCUAUCGUUGCAGCAGCAACGCAAGCGCAAGCGCUUUCAGAAUACCUUUGUUGUGCUGCACAGGUCUGGAUUGCUGGAGAUCACCUUGAAAACCAAGGAGCUGAUUCAUCAGAACCAGGUAACCCAGAUUGAACUGGACCGGCUGAAGCAACAAACACAGUUGUUCAUGGAGGCAAUAAAGGGCAAUGCUCCUCAGGCCUGGGCAGAGCUAGAGGCAUCUCUAACGGGGUCAGAUAAAGCUGACAGCAGCCUUGAGGCUUCUCCUACAUAUCCCAACAUGUAG